AUGAAUAAAACACACAAUAAUAAAACAUCGAACUAUGAGGAAGAUCCCGAACCUUUGUUUUGGGAAAGCGAAGUGUAUUGGAAAAAUUACUUCAGGAAAAUAAAGAAUAAAAAAUACCAAUACUAUAACAACGCAACAAUUUUUAAGUAUCUAUUCUAUCACUGGUUUAACAAAUGGGUUUUUACAGUAAAUAAACGCUAUGUUGAGCCGUACAAGUUACACCCUCUCCCGGUAUCCGAUCAAAUAUUGGCACUGCUACCAGUAUUUUCUAAACACAUUAGUGAUGGUUUAGUUAGGUUAGAUUCUUAUCGCUAUGCUAAAUCGCAAUUAAGGAACGUGAAGGCUAAGAAGCCUUACAAAUCAAUACUGUUGAGAGCGCUGGCUCUGACAAUUUGGAAAAGAGCAUCGUUUCUGAUUAGUGCCUUAAUAGUGGUUAACCUUUUGAGCAUGAGCAUCGCAAUCCUGGUUAAGAAAUUGCUUAAGAUUAUAAGCGAUAAAUCGGCAGGCCUUAUUAAAAUAUUUUCCUUAUUACAUGGCCUGUGCCAUAGACGUAGAUUCGCAAAUAACAUAAACGGCUCCAACCAAUUGAAUGUGUGUAACCAGGUACUACACAGUUGUUCACCUGACUCAGAGUGUUCUAAAAAUCCACUAUUCUGUCAAGCUCUACGAUACCAAAAUAAAGAUAUAAACUCAAGAAUAUUUAACUUUGAGUUCAUUGAUAGUUACUAUGUUUCACACUCUAUUGAUUCGCUGAAAUAUGUUAUCGAAUUUCUGACCAAUUUCAUCUACGGAGUAAUUUUGAUGUCAUUUCAAAUUAAAAUAAAUGUUUGGGUUUUGUACGUUGUAGGUCUUGUUACUGUAUUGCUCAUGAUUCUGAUGGAGAUUUUGGGAGCAUAUAUAUUUAAGUUCGUUCUUCAGUUGACUGACGACAGGAUAAAUAAGACCAACGACUCAAUCCCUUCUUUAUCCCUGAUUAAGAAUAUGCUUUAUGACGAUAUCGCAAUUAACAUUAUCACACGAAGUAGGAACAAUGAACUGUCAGUGCUCUUCUUUAACCUUCUUAUAACAUUUUUCAACAUGACCUUAUACACUAUCUGUAUAAGUUUGUGCUUUUAUACCAUACAGAGGUAUUUCGUUAAGUCGGUAAAUGAAGUCAGUGUUGUUACUGAUAUAGACACUGCUGGAUACAUGGCGACAUUUUACAUCUUUUUAAAAAUCAUUUAUUCCAUGUUUUUGAUACCAAGAUCAAUAAAAUCAAUUGGAUUGGCAUACGUAUCAUUUAGGAGAAUAGAUGGUUAUAUAAAGGACUGUUCCCCAAAUUUUUAUAUCAGUGACAACCGGUUUACUGGUUCCACUCAGACGUCCACCGACAUCACUAGCAUUACCAACCAAAUACCUAACGAUGUUGUUGUAUAUUACAAAGACGCCACAUUCACAUGGGUCAACACACGCGACGACCUAAUAAACAAAAACUAUGAACCGUUAUUGAAGAACAUCAAUUUUGAACUAAAACGUGGUGAGAUGGCAGUUGUCACAGGCUCAAAAGGUGCUGGCAAAUCUAACUUUAUCAAAUCAAUGCUUGGUGAGAUGACCCUAGUGGGUGGCUCAAUGGCAGUUAUACCUCUACACACAUCAAUGCCAAUAUUUUAUGCAUCACAAGACAUAUUCCUGCAACAGGGUACUAUUAGAUCCAACAUUGUAUUUGGUCAUAAGUUUGAUGAUAAUUUAUAUAACACUGUGCUUAAAGCUGUGGAACUUGAGUAUGAUAUAUCAACCUGGGAGAAGGGUGACCUUAGAGUAGUGUCAGAUAAUGCCCAUUCACUCAGUGGAGGUCAACGUGUAAGAGUAGAAAUGGCUCGUGCAAUUUAUGCAUAUUUGGUGUUCCAUAAAGUCAACAAGGAGUAUAACAACAGUCAAUGUUCAUUCUUGAUGUGUUUGGAUGCCUCGUUUCAUGGCCUAGAUCCAUAUGUAUCCAAAACUAUAUUCAAUAACCUGUUUAACAGUAAAACUGGGUUAUUGGUGAAAAGGGACCUGUCAGUUGUGCUGGCUAUGUCGAAACAGUCUCUUGAUAUAUGUUCGAAAACGUCUGACCUAACUCAGGUUCACAAUCCUCCGCUUUACAAGGUAAAAAACAACAAUUUGAUAUUCCAUUCUAAUCUACAUGAUUUCAUUAAAGUUAACAAACCAGUUAACAAUCAGGAUUAUAAAUACUUGUCAUCCACGAGCAAUGUUUCAUAUGAAAUGAACUACCUAACGGAUGAUAUGUUGAGUCUCUGUUCAUCUGGUUUCAACACCAGGCUCGGUAGAAUGGAGGUGGCCAAAGAAAAAUACGGAAAGUCAUUUAGUUCAUAUGUUAGGGAGGAGUUAUCUGGAGUUAAAUUCAACACAUACAAGGCGUAUAUGAGCCCGGCUUUGGGAUUGUUUAUAAUUUACCUUGUGAUAACUACUGCGCUGACUGUCUUAGAUAAUAUAAAGUUUAUUUUGUCAACUAGGUUGUCGGAUUACAUAACCAAGCAUAUAAACCAACAUAAGGAUGGCCAAUCUGUUGAUUUGUCUAAAAUUAAGGCGCACAGCAAAUUUUCACUGAAUAUGAUAACCCUGCUCGUUUCAAUCAUCAUUAUACUCUCAUUUUUGUCCACCGUGAUCAUUGCAUCAUCUUGCAUCAUUGUCUCUAGGAAGCUUCACGAGUAUUGCAUCAACGCGAUUUUCAAGUACAGCUCUUCGGUGCUGAAGAUAAAUAAUCAACUGAAUCAAGUAAUCACGUAUCUUUCUUGUGAUACUUGCGUUACUGACCACGUUACUGGCUUGUAUUUUUCACUGUUGGUUAUUUACCUGAUCCAGACGCUGAUACACAUAAUCACGCUCUUUUACCUGAUUCCGAUAUCAAUCCCCUUCUUUAUCUUAACUAUAGUGGUAAUCACCAAAUUUCUGUUUUUAAACUUUAUUGUUGCCUCCAAGAACCUUACUUUGAACUAUUUGGAAACGCUUGUUCACAUCAACACCGUCUCGGAACGCGCAAUUUCAGGAUCAUCAAUUUACAGAAGUUUCAAAAGGGAACAAGAACUCUCGUCAAAUUUUACUGAAAACACCGAUUAUUACAUGAGAUCCUUAUUCGUGUACAGGACAUUGUUCGUGUGGUCGUCGAUAUUGUUCAAUUGGAUUUUUUCAUUUACCACACUGGUGGUGCUUGUUCUACCGAUAAUAUUGGACAGGUGCACUAAGUAUAAGAUGAAGGUCGGCUACUUCGGAUUGGGCUUGUCCCUUUGCAUGAAUGUUACCAAAACUUUCACAAAAUUGACUUUAGCGGUCGUAAAUUUAGAAAUGUGCCUAAUUUCUCUCCAGAGGGUUAGAUACUUUAUUCCGAGGGGCGAGACACUCAAGUUUGACAAGUUCCUAAACACCCAUCAAGAAUAUUUAGUUAAUCCUUUCAGUAAGGACGUUGGUGACCUGGAUAAAAAACAUUUGUUGAGAAGGAGGGCCGUUGAGUUCAAGGCUGAUAACAAAAAGUUCUAUAUAUUGAGGAAACUUUUCUUUAAUCCCAGGUUAACGAUGGUAGACAUUGCUAAUUAUUUACCUUUUGAGCAUUCUGAAGUUGUGUUGGAAGAUGUUUCUGUUUAUACCACACCUGAUUAUAAUCCAGAAGGCAUUCUGUUGAAUCACUUUAGUGCAUCGGUUUGUAAAUCUGAAAUUAUUGGUAUGGUUGGUAGAACAGGUGCUGGUAAGACAACUUUGUUGUCAGUGUUACAAAACGUAGUUGAGAACAGAACAGGUCAAGUACUAUUGGAUGGCAAGGACCUGAAUGACAUCCCCAAGGUUGUCCUAAGACAGAUUAUAGGUGUGUUACCACAACUGCCAUUUGUGUUCAAGGGUUGGACUAUUAGGAGGUUCCUUGAUCCCAGAAAGUUGUUUAGUGACGAUGAGAUUAACCAGGCCCUUAAUGAUUGUGGUCUUUUGGAAUUUGUUAAUGAUAUUCCAGGUGAAAAAAAAUUGGACAGCGUUUUAGUUAAAGAGGACUUGAGAUCGUCCACCCAUAAUCCUAAAACAGGUGAAAUGGAAAUGAAUAUCAAAUCCAGUCACGAAUCCUUUGAAAGCAAUGUGGCACUAUCCAAUACUCAACUCAGAACUCUAUCAUUGGCUAGAUUAGUUUUAUAUAGGCAUUUUUAUAGAAUGAUACUAGUAGACGAACCUCCAGAAGAGGACUUGGUUGCAGGAGCCAGCGGGAGGCAAGAUGAUCUUGGAAUUCCAAUUUAUGAUCUUCUACAGAAAUACUUUAAUCAUUGUUCCACUUUUGUGGCCGCACAUGAUGCCAAUGUACUUAAGGCCUGCACAUCAGUUUGGGUCAUAUAUGAGGGUUCUUUAGUAAAAACUUGUAAAACCAGUGAAAUAUCGGCAAAUGAGUCUAUAGCAUCAAUUAUUGAAGAAUGUGUAAAAUAUUCUUAA